AUGGUGACGAUAGAGACGAAGAUCCAGAGAGCUAGAGACAGUGGUGGCAGCGUCUUCGACACCAAUGGAGCGGAGUCUUACGUCUAUGGCCAGCGUAUUGGCCUGUGCCGGGGCCUCUCGAUGCUCCGAGAGAUCCACUCGUGCAUCGCCGACCGUGUCCCGCUCGAGCGAGAUGCCUUCGUCUCCAACAAGCUCGUAGAAUCCUAUGGCAAGUUUGGCAGCGUCGGGGAGGCGCGCCGCGUCUUUGACGCCAUCGCCGACAAGAACGUCUUUUCCUGGGCUCUCAUGCUCUCUGCGUACGCGCGGGCUGGGCAACUUGAGAGUGCCAAGGAGAUCUUCGAUGAGAUGCCCGAGAGGAACCAGGUCUCUUGGACUGCCAUGCUCGCUGCAUACACGAAGAACGGGCAUUUGGACGAGGCUAAGCGCCACUUUGAUCGGAUGCCCGAGUGGAACCUUGUGUCGUGGACUGCGAUGCUAUCAGCAUUUGCCCAUACCGGGAAUUUGGAAGGAGCCAAAGAGCUCUUCGAUUCCAUGCGUGAGAAGAAUAUGGUCACCUGGACUGCUAUGCUUUCGGCUUAUGCGGAUGCUAGACACUUGAAAGAGGCGGAGAGUAUCUUCCAAUCCAUGCCGGAGUGGGACCUAAUCUCGUGCACUACGAUGCUUUCGGCGCAUGCCCAGAACGGGCAAGUUGACGAAGCUAAGGGACUGUUUGAUCGGAUCCCAGAGCUAGAUCUCGUCUCCUGGACAGCGAUGCUAUCGGCUUACGCAGACAAUGCCAAGAUCAAAGAAGCCUACGAAGUGUUUGAAACGAUGCAGGAGAGGAGCAUUGUUUCCUGGAACGCUAUGCUUGCAGCGUAUGUCCAAAACGGGCAUCUGGAGGAAGCAAGGGUUUUGUUUGAUAGAAUGCGGAGCCACGAUCUCGUGUCCUGCACCGCUAUGCUCUCUGCCUACGGAGAGUUUGGGCAUUUGGAGGAGGCCAAGAACAUCUACGACGAGAUGCCGGAGCACAACAUGGUCUCCUGGGGAGCGAUGCUCGCAGCAUAUGCCCAGAACGGGCAUCUGCGAGACGCGAAGAAGAUGUUUGAUGCGAGCCCGGAACAGGAUAUGAUCUGCUGGAACACGAUGGUGGCGUCGUUCGCACACACGGGGCACCACGCCGAGGCCAUGGAAAUGUUCCUGCAGAUGAAGCUCAGCGAAUCCCCCGAUGCCGUUUCGUUUGUCUGCGUGCUCCUGGCUUGCAUCCACUCGGGGAAGCUCUACGAAGGCUGGGCCAAGUUCUGCUCGAUGGUCACGGACUUCGCCCUCAAGCCAACGCCGCAGCACUACUGCUGCGUCGUGGAGAUGCUCGGGAGAGCUGGGCAUUUGCGGCAUGCCGAGGAUUUGCUUGCGGGGAUGCCGUAUUUGCCGAGGGCGUCGGCAUGGAGGAGCCUGCUCGGGGCUUGCCGGACUGGAAGAGAUGUGGAGGGUGGCAGCCGGGCAACCGGGCAAGUGAUGCAUUUGGAUCCAAGGAGUGCUUCCUCGUACGUAGUUCUCUCGAGCAUCGUGGCCGAAAUAUAA